UGGCGUAGAGUUCGUUAGAGUCUUGACACUCCAUGCACUACUUGUGAAAGUCCGGCCGCCGCCUUUGCAGAGUCGAGACAGGUCGGAUUUAACUCUCCCGGAUUGACUUUACCGGCCAGACAGGCGGACACCAGUCGUGCUUGUCAAGAAUGGCUGCCCUGCGUCGUCUGAGGCAGUGCCACCUCGCGCGCAUCGCCAUCGCUCCCCUCCACACGGGCAGCCGUGGCUUCAACAAACAGCAUUACAAAAUGCUGGUUGUCGGAGGAGGAAGUGGGGGCAUUUCAAUGAGUGCAAGAAUGAAGAGGAUGCUGGGAGCUGAGAAUGUGGCUGUUGUGGAGCCCAGCGAGACGCACUACUAUCAGCCGAUUUGGACCCUGGUUGGUGCUGGUGCAAAAACUCUAACCUCAUCAGGUCGUUCUACAGCGAGCGUUAUGCCCUCUGGAGUGAAGUGGGUGAAAUCCAAAGUUCAAGAGAUAAACCCAGACACAAAUACCGUCCGCACAGACGAUGGGAACGAAAUCUCCUACGAGUAUUUGAUUGUGGCUCUUGGUUUACAACUCCAUUUUGAAAAGAUCAAAGGACUGCCUGAAGGAUUUGAACACCCAAAGAUUGGGUCAAACUACUCGGUCCAAACUGUGGAGAAGACGUGGAAAGCACUGCAGGACUUCAAAGAAGGCAACGCUGUGUUCACUUUCCCAAAUACUCCUGUGAAAUGUGCGGGAGCGCCACAGAAGAUUAUGUACCUGUCGGAUGCCUAUCUCAGAAAAACAGGAAAAAGGGCAAAAGCCAAUAUCAUAUACAAUACAUCGCUACCUGUGCUCUUUGGGAUCAAGAAAUAUGCUGACGCAUUGUGGGACAUCGUGAAACAACGUGAUCUCCAAGUGAACCUGAGGCAGAACCUGAUUGAAGUGCGUGCAGAUAAGCGAGAAGCUGUGUUUGAAAAUCUUGACAAACCAGGCGAAACCAAAGUGGUCGAGUAUGAAAUGCUUCAUGUCACACCACCGAUGGGACCCAAUCGAGUGGUUCAAGGCAGUCCACUGGCAGAUGAGGCCGGAUGGUUGGACGUCAGCAAAGACAACCUCCAACAUAAGAGAUAUCCAAACGUGUUUGGGAUUGGCGACUGUACCAACCUGCCCACCGCCAAAACGGGUGCAGCUGUCGCUGCACAGACUGCCAUCUUGAACAGUACCAUCAGCAAAGUACUGAAAAAUGAGAAGCCAGAUAAAAUAUAUGAUGGCUACACCUCGUGUCCCUUGGUUACAAGCUACAACACAGUGAUUCUUGCCGAGUUUGACUACAGUGGUCAACCGCUGGAAACAUUUCCCAUCAACCAAGCGAAAGAAAGUAGAAUUAUGUACUACAUGAAAGCUGAUGUGAUGCCUCACCUUUAUUGGCAUGGUUUUCUGCGGGGCCUAUGGGGGGGACCGGGACCCUACAGGAAACUCUUUCAUCUUGGCAUGAAAUGAAACUCCACCAUCGGUAAUCACCGGGGAACCUUGUGCAACUCCAUGGCUGACCUUGGUGUGCGUGGAGGAUUCAUCGUUUACACGUACGAACUGGGAUCAAUCUGAUAAAUAGGACUCAAACCAGUCUAGUGCGGUUCCUUUAAUGCCAAUCAAAUGUUCUCGUCUCUGUAGGGAAAGAAGUGACAUUAAAUCCAUCAUUCAAGUGUGGUGAUAAUAUUUGUGGCUGGGACGAUAAGGUCGGUGAAUAUUUACACAUGUAGGUUUAGUUGGACCUGCAGUAGGAGUUUCAUUGUUAUUAAUUUGAAAUAAAGUGACUUCCUGGAAUGAGAGUGCAGAAAAUAAACACUUGGGAUUUAACACUCAACUCUGCAGAUCUUUGUAGAUUUUAGCCGCUAUCGGUCAAUCGUUUCUUUUGGCGGCACAUUCAAAGCUCGCUGCGGCCACCAACCAGUGGUGAGAUUUGUCAAGGAGACUAUAACAAAGUUGUGUGUCACAUUCUUUUAUUUGCAUAUCUUGGUGCACUAGCGUAUUUUAUAAUUUAUUUAGGUUUCACCGAAGUACCGCCUGUAUCUUGUCGACCAGUCAUUAAAACCAGUGUUGACAGUAGUCAUAAAUGACAAUAUACAAAUAUACAAUUUGUUGUGUAAUCAUCUGAAAGAAUAUAUUGGUGAAGUCUGUGUGUGCGGUUUCUUGUAAUUUCAGGAACUUGAUGGUCUUCAGAUUUGUCUCCAGCCUAAAUGCAAAAUGUUUUGUUGUUGUUAAUCAUUUGUGCUCGCAAACAUUGUAUACCAGUGAUUGCCUUUGGAAAUGACCAUUACUAUGCAAAUACACAGUGCUCUUCUUACACUUAAACAUC